UUCAGCGCUGCGCAUCACAUUCCUCGUAGCAGAAUGUGCUCUCACACAUUGAUGCCACGGAUCCAUCUAAGGGUUUUGCUUUCGUUUUAAGUUCACCUGGUCUGAUGUGUUCCUCUAUAGUGUCAUUUGGGAGAGGAUGUUGCUUCUCAUUUACGCAACUUUGCUUGGAAUUUUCCUCAAAACAGGCUAUGCUCUCCAGAUCCAAUGUUACCAGUGUGAGGAGGUGAAAAACAAUGAAUGCUCCACGCCGGAGUUCAUUGUCAACUGCACGGUCAACGUGCAGGACAUGUGUCAGAAGGAGGUACUGGUGAAGAAGGAUGGCAUAUUUUACCGCAAGUCCUGCGCCUCGUCCGGGGCUUGCCUCAUAUCCUCGUCAGGCUACCAGCAGUUCUGCACUGGAAGGAUCAACUCUGUGUGCAUCUCCUGCUGUAACACACCGCUCUGCAAUGGGCCCCGGAAGAAGAACCGCCCGGUCCCGUCGGCCGCCACCUCUUCAUUUUCCUCCCUUCUUUUCCUUCUGGUCUCCCUCACGCUGGUCUCCCUCUCUCUGACAUAGACCGAGAGGCGUCCAUUUGUCCCCUGCUCUACCCGAAGAUAACACUAGAGUAUUAUGAGAAUACAUAUAGGCUACAGUACAUAACUGUACGUAGUGUAUUGGCCACAUCAGACUCUAGUAUCGUCUUUGGAGAGGAAUCCUAUACAUAAGAGACUAUCCCAGGAGGUUGGUGGUAACUUAAUUGGGGAGAACGAGCUCGUGGUAAUGGCUGGAUCAGAAUGAGUGGAAUGGUAUCAAAGACAUCAACCACAUGGUUUCCAGGUGUUUGAUGGCAUUCCAUUUGCUCCGUUCUGGCCAUUAUUAUGAGCCGUCCUCCCCUCAGCAGCCUCCUGUGGACUCUACAGCGUCAUCUUUGGAUCGGAUACUCAAGAGCUUAAGACUCUUUGGAAGGAUCCCCUUUUAUAAUCCUGGUGUUUUGAGUUUUUGAGAACUGAAUGCUUGCCAUUGCCUCCUUCUUCUUCGUCCCUCCCUUGCCCUCCAAUCCCCCCUUGCUUACUCUGUAGGUUCCCUAUUGGGGGCAAUGGGCACUGACCUCAUCAACGUCGGUGUUCUCCUGUUUAUAGGAAGAUCGAACGCUUCAGAUCAAUACUCCUGAUGAUUAGGAGUCAGACGUGAUCAUAGUCAGUGAGUACUCAGCAGCCGUUUAGCUGUGAGAAUUGUGUUAACUCAUCAUGGAUCUGAGUGUAGAGAUGGUACUGACAGUUGAGGACAUUGAGCAGUGAGUUGUAGGGAUUUUGGAGAUAUAUUUAGAUGUCUGCAUCAUUUACUACUAGUACAAGUUCUUGUUACAGUAAGUACUAACUGCAGGAUCGCAUGUCUUAUAUCAUUUGUAAGUACAGAUGUGUGAUCUUAAUUUGACCAGUUUCUCACAGCAGGAACAUAUUCCUACAGCAACAAAUCCUACAGAAAUGUGAAUUAUUGUGUGGGUUAUAAUUAAUGGACAUUUUCGUAAGGGUUGAUACAUUUUUUGUUUGGGAAACCAACAUUUUAAAGUGGAAAAUACAACAUUAGAAGCCUUUAAAAAUCUUGAAUACACUACAAGUUUGCUUUUCCUGCUGUGCAGAAAAUUCCCUGCAAAACAGGGUGAUCAAAUUAAGAUCCUAUAUCUGUAUAUACCCAAUUACUUUCUUGGACUUCACAUACUGCUGAAAGACACAAGGGAUUUGUUCUUAAACGUUAUAUAAAUUGACAUACACUACUGUUCAAAAGUUUGGUUCACUUAGAAAUGCCCUUGUUUUUUAAUUUUAAUUUUUUUGUCAAUUAAAAUAACAUCAAAUU